AAAACCCUUUGAGGAGAGCAAGCCAGCGCAUUAACUUAAACCCAGAAAAUUUUCCAACUCGCGGCCGAAUCAUCCCGAGUAAAAUGAGCAAUUUGGGAAAAUCUCAAUCUUCAACCGAAGAAGAGUGUCUUAGUUUCUCAAGAUCCUUGUUGCAGCUAGGGCAUUGUAUUACUGGAUACAAUUGAACUUGUCCGAUCCAAAAAAAAUCAGAACUUGAUAAAGCAAAAUGGCUUCUUCUACAAAAGGCUCUGUUAAGAAGGGUCAACCUUCGAUUAAGCAUAGUUGGAACUUAGCUGAGGCUAAGAGGAAGUUGUCUAAGAUUAGUAGUGAUCAUCAUCCACAUGUAGAGUAUGAAUAUGCUUUCCAGAGGGAGAACAUCAAAAGAGGAGAGACCAAGUUGAGUCAAAUUUUGAGCAGGGAUUCGUUGAUAUCUGCUGUUGACUUGAUGUGGGAUCGCUCGGGUUUUGUCUCUGGUGAGUUGAUUAGUUCAUUAAAGGAAAGAAAUUUAGAUGAUGUAAGUAGAGAUGAAGUUAGUGAGUUCAAAGUUUUGACGGGUAGUACACAGUUGCAGAAGGCUAUAUCUCAGUCGCCAUCAACUACACAGCCCAGGGUUAAGUUUUUGAGAGUGGCUGAGAAGAUGUGUAUUUUUAAGCCAUUUAACGAAUCUUUCUUUAGUCGGUUUAAUCAGAGUAAUGGAGCCAAGGAUAUCAGUAGCUAUAGGGAAGUAGUUGUAGUUCCCAUUUUUACUAGGUAUCAAAGAGGAGCGGCUGACCGUAUUCCCAAUGUAGUCAGCAGUGAAGCAGAAUGCCCAUCAAGAUAUGCCAAUAGUUGUGAUUCUGUAGUUGUUACAGCUGCAGCAGAAGGCCACUCAAAUCUAACUGAACCAAGGAGUCCUCUCAUAGCAAGCGUGGCAGAAUCAUUGGUAGACACCAGAACAUCCAGAUCUAAUGAUGUGAACUAUCUCUUCUUGCUUUACAAAGAUAGGUGUGCCAACAACAAAGGAGUGAACAUAAUAAGUUUAAAAUGUAGCACGGACAGCGAUACUGAAGUUACUUCUUCAGGGAAUAACUCAGACGAAGACAGCUUAUCUAUUGUUGGAAACAAACAGUUGCUUGAGAGAGAUAGAAAAGACCAAGAGACUGGAGUUUGUUCAUCCUCUGCAGAAACGCCGACUUGCACCUUUGCUAAACAGCGGCAUGCUUUUGCUGGUGCGUUGGCAGGCAUAAGUGUCAGUCUUUGUCUUCAUCCACUUGAUACAGUAAAGACAAUGAUUCAGUCAUGCCGCUUGGAGGAGAAGUCUCUAUGCUAUACUGGGAGAUCAAUUUUAUCAGAAAGAGGUGUUUCCGGACUAUAUCGGGGGAUUGCUAGCAACAUUGCCUCAUCAGCUCCUAUCUCUGCCCUCUAUACCUUCACUUAUGAAUCAGUUAAAGGAGCUCUUCUUCCUCUUUUUCCUAAGGAGUAUUGCUCCCUUACCCAUUGCGUAGCUGGUGGUUCUGCAAGCAUUGCAACUUCUUUUAUCUUCACGCCAAGUGAGCGUAUAAAACAGCAGAUGCAAGUCGGUUCACAUUAUCGCAAUUGCUGGACUGCAUUGGUUGGAAUCAUCCAAAAAGGUGGUUUGCUUUCUUUAUAUGCUGGAUGGACUGCAGUGCUAUGUAGAAAUAUCCCACACUCAAUCAUUAAGUUCUAUGUUUAUGAAAACAUGAAGCAAAUGGUAUUGCCAUCUCUAGGUCCUCUUGGUCAAUCGACUCAACCCACGACAUUACAAACGCUCGUAUGUGGAGGAUUAGCGGGAUCUGCUGCUGCUUUCUUUACAACCCCAUUUGAUGUAGUAAAAACAAGAUUACAAACUCAGAUUCCCGGAUCUAGGAACCAACAUCCUAGUGUCUAUCAAACUCUUCAGUCAAUACGCAAACAAGAAGGUCUGAGAGGGCUAUACAGAGGAUUGAUCCCCAGACUUGUCAUGUACAUGUCCCAAGGAGCUAUAUUCUUUGCUUCAUAUGAAUUUUACAAGAGUGUACUCUCUCUAGAAGCGGCACAGCCCAAUUCGUCAGCUCUCUCUGGCACAAAAACAAAGAACAAGGAUAGUUCACCCCCAACAAAACCAUCAAGAUUGCAACAUAUGUAAUACAAAGAAUGGAAAAUUGUACAU